ACCUGGUAUUCAUUUCUCCAGAUCAGCAGAAAUAUGCAUCAAGGAAACCAAACCACCAUCUCGGAAUUCCUCCUCCUGGGACUCUCCAACCAGGCUGAGCAUCAGAAGCCCCUCUUUGUGCUUUUCCUGGGUAUGUACCUGGUCACUGUGGCUGGGAAUGGACUCAUCAUUCUGGCCAUUGGCUUGGACUCUUACCUUCACACCCCCAUGUACCUCUUCCUUGCCAACCUGUCCUUUGCUGAUAUUUCCUCCAUUUCCACCUCAGUCCCCAAAAUGCUGGUGAAUAUUCAGACCAAGAGUCAAUCCAUCUCCUAUGAGAGCUGCAUCACUCAGAUGUAUUUUUCUAUUGUUUUUGUUGUCAUUGAUAAUUUCCUCUUGGGGGUCAUGGCCUAUGACCGUUUUGUGGCCAUCUGCCACCCUCUGAAUUAUACAACCAUUAUGGAACCCAGGCUCUGCUUGCUGCUCACAGUCAUCCCGUGGGUCUUCAGCCAUAUUAUUGCUCUGACACACACCCUCCUGCUCCUUCGACUGGUCUUCUGUGACAGCAACACUCUCCCACACUUCUUCUGUGACUUAGCCCCCCUGCUCAAACUGUCCUGCUCAGACACAAUGAUCAACGAGCUUGUGUUGUUUAUCGUGGGCUUAUCAGUCAUCACCUUCCCCUUUGCCCUCAUCCUCUUCUCCUAUGUCUGCAUCGUCAGGGAUGUCCUGAGAAUCUCAUCCACAGAGGGAAAGUGGAAAGCCUUCUCCACCUGUGGCUCUCACCUGACAGUUGUAUUGCUCUUCUAUGGGACGAUUGUAGGGGUUUACUUCUUCCCCUCAUCCACUGACCCUGACAACAGAGAUAAGAUUGGUGCAGUACUCUUCACUGUGGUGACGCCCAUGGCGAACCCCUUCAUCUACAGCCUGAGGAACAAGGACAUGAAAGGUGCCCUGAGAAAACUCAUCUAUAGGAAAAAACGUUCUCCUUUCAACACCCAGAGCAUCUAA